UGUGCGGAGGACACUCUCUCUCUCUCUCUCUCGCGCUCCAUCAUUUAUGAUCGCUCUUUCUCACUGCUGCUCAUUUGCUCCGCGUCUUCGAUCACUCCUUUCGUUCUCAAUCACAAAUCGUUCAGUCCGAUCAGACAGCAUGCGUUUAACGCGUCCGCGCGCCAAGCGCUUCUAAAUGACCAUCCGUGCGCGUAAAGCGUUUCCAUUCACCACAGCUGUUCCGCUGUCAUCCAGCGCGCUCCGCUUUGGCUUCUUCCCGGAGAAGAAAGAGAGAGACUCUUGAUUUUUUCCCCCCCGCAGCUUUGGGUGUAAAUGUUGAAGCUUGAAUGGCUGGAGCUCAACCUGGCGUUCAUGCGCUUCAACUCAAGCCGGUGCGCGUGUCUGAGAGUCUGAAGCGAGGCAGCAGAUUUAUGAAAUGGGAUGAGGAUUCUUCUACGGUGACUCCAGUGACGUUACGCGUGGAUCCGCAGGGAUACUUCCUGCACUGGACGGAUCAGAAUAAGGAGACAGAUCUAUUGGACAUCACAUACAUCAAAGAUGCAAGAACGGGGAAAUGCACCAAAACGCCAAAGGAAGCGAAGCUGCGGGAGCUGCUGGAUGUGGGGAAUCUGGUGGGCCGGAUAGAGAACCGGAUGCUGACGGUGGUGACGGGGCCAGACAUGGUCAACAUCCAGUACCUGAACUUCAUGGCCUUCCAAGAAGACGUCGCCAAGGAGUGGGCAGAUGAGCUCUUCAGUCUGGCGUCUAACCUGCUCGCUCAAAACAUGGGCCGAGAGUCCUGUCUGGAGAAAGCCUUCACGAGACUCAAGCUGCAGACGAAUCAAGAGGGUCGAAUCCCAGUGAAAAACAUCUUCCGCUUGUUCUCGACCGACCGGAAGCGUGUGGAGACGGCGCUGGAGAGCUGCAAUCUUCCGGCCGGCCGGAACGACUCCAUCCCUUUGGAGGAUUUGACACCUGAUGUUUACAAAUCGUUCAUCAACAACCUCUGCCCACGAUCUGAGAUUAACCAAAUAUUUGCUGAUCUCGGCGUGAAGAGCAGAAACUAUCUGACGGUGGAUCAGAUGACAGAAUUCAUCAACAACAAGCAGCGGGACCCGCGUCUGAACGAGAUCCUGUACCCGCCGCUCAAGCCCGAACAAACCCAGCUUCUCAUGGAGAAGUUUGAGCCCAACCCAGCCAUGAUUCAGAGAGGGCAGAUCUCAGUGGAGGGCUUCGCCAGGUAUCUGAUCAGUGAGGAGAACAGUGUCAUUCCUCCAGAAAAACUGGACCAGAGUGAAGACAUGACCUUCCCUCUCUCUCAGUACUUCAUCAACUCCUCCCACAACACUUACCUUACAGCGGGGCAGCUCGCGGGGAACUCCUCUGUUGAGAUGUACCGGCAGACGCUGCUGUCUGGCUGUCGCUGUGUGGAGCUGGACUGCUGGAAGGGCCGGACGGCAGAGGAGGAACCCGUCAUCACACACGGCUUCACCAUGACCUCAGAAAUCUCCUUCAAGGAAGUGAUCGAAGCCAUCGCUGAGUGUGCGUUCAAGACGUCUCCGUUCCCCAUCAUCCUGUCCUUUGAGAAUCACGUGGACUCCCCCAAACAGCAAGCCAAAAUGGCAGAAUAUUGCCGAUCCAUAUUCGGGGACGCUCUUUUGACUGAGACUCUGGAGAAAUAUUCUCUCGAGCCAGGCGUUCCUCUGCCAAGCCCUCGAGAGCUCAUUGGAAAGAUCCUCAUCAAGAACAAGAAAUCUCACCCUAAACCCUCCGAUGGCAGCACUAAGAAGAAGCUGUCCGAACAGGCGUCCAACACAAACAGCGACUCGUCCAGCGUCUUUGAGCCGUCCUCUCCCAGCGCUGGACCUGCAGCGGCAGCCGGUUUCCAGAGUAUAUUGAAAUCUUUCAAAAGUGCUAUUAUGGGGAUUGUGCUCAUGUCUAUCUUUAGCAAGUCGAAAGAAAGAGCGAUUGCAGAGCAGAAGCAGACGGUCUCUGCUGGUUUUGAGGGCCGUGAGCCGCUCUGUGUGUGUCACAGCGUGCGGAGAGUCAAGCGGCUGACAUUUCAGCCUGUGUUUGUGUGUGACGGAGGCGUCGGGAGCAUCAUAUCAGGACAGUUUCUAACUGACAAGAAGGUGGGCGUUUAUGUGGAGAUUGACAUGUUUGGACUUCCCGUCGACACGAGACGAAAAGCUUUCAAGACAAAGACGUCCCAGAGCAACGCCAUCAACCCUGUGUGGGACGAGGAGCCCAUCGUCUUUAAAAAAGUGGUGUUGCCCACGCUGGCGUCCCUCAGGAUAGCCGUGUAUGAAGAGGGCGGCAAGUUCAUCGGCCAUCGCAUCAUUCCCGUCUCAGCCAUUCGUCCGGGUUAUCGUUACAUCGGUUUGAGAAAUGAAAAGAAUCAAGCUCUAACUCUUCCCGCUAUAUUUGUGAAUAUCGAGGUGAAGGACUACGUUCCCGAUACAUUCGCCGAUGUCAUCGAAGCGCUGUCCAACCCCAUCAGAUACGUCAACCUGAUGGAGCAGAGAUCCAAACAGCUGGCGGCGCUCACUCUAGAGGAGGGAGAAGAGGAGAAAGACACCAAAGAGGCGGAUCCUGGUGUUGAAAACCCGUCGGAGGUUAAAAGCGAACCCAAACCCGUCCCGGUUGAGAACGGACUGAGUCACACACCCAGCAGCGCCGCUCCUAAACCCGUGUCCCAGAUCAGCACACAGCCGCAGUCCACAGGCUCCACCAAACCAGCGGCAAAGACUGAAGAUCUGAUUCAGAGCGUCCUCACCGAAACUGCCAAACGAGACGGUAAGAAGAGGUGUUUGUCGUCCAGUCCUGAACACGGAGCCUCGUUCUUCGAGCAGGAGCUGGCCAAUCUGGAUCAGGACAGCGGACAGAAACUGUCCGAACUCAAAGAACAGCAGCAGCAGCAGCUCCUCAAUCUGCGUCAGGAGCAGUAUUACAGCGAGAAAUAUCUGAAGAAAGAGCACAUCAAACAGUCUCUGUCUGGUUUCAGGGAGAAGCUGGAGAUCAACAGGUCGUAUGUGAACGAGGUGGUGCAGCACAUCAAGAGGAUCCAGAACGACCUGGAUCAGGAAUACCAGGACAAAUUCCGGCGGCUUCCACUGGAGAUCCAGGAGUUUGUGCAGGAAAGCACCAAGAGAAAGACUGAGGACGGAGAGCAGGAGGUUCUGCCCUCUUCUUCCUCCACGCUGGAGAAACUCAUGCAGAAGGGAGCGCAGUCUGAAGACGACACAGAGGAGGAGAAGAAAGACUGAUGCCAGAAACCUUCAGGAUCUCUUCCCACUUCACUUUUAUGUUCCUUCAUUAACAUAGUAGAGAUUUGUAAGGCUUGUGUUUACUACUGAGUCUGUGGAUCCGAGUCACGGAACGUCGCAUCAGAAACACGGCUUCAUGUCGCGCUGGGAGUUAUGCAUUUGUUUUACGUUGACUGUGGAUACACACUAAGAUUCAAGUCUGAAUUAUUUCUAGUGUUUUGUUGUUUUGCUUCUCAUAAUAAUGAAUAAAAGUGUUUUAAUGGAAGAGAACGCAGGUCAUGACACUGCAUUGAGAUACUGUAGCCGUCAAUUAUCUUUAUCGGAUGAAUCUUACAAAAACAUCCUGGACAGUUCAACCCAAAACAACAAUCUGGGUCAUAUUUAACCCCAAAAAUAUAUUCUGCUUAGAGAUAAAUUAGUCUGUUGAAAGAAAAAUAAAUAAGAUAUGUGCAUU